AUGUUUCCUGAGACACCUAAAACACCUGAAGAAACUGGCUGCAGGCCUAAAGUUUUUAAAUUACCUGAAUCAACAAAAGAAGAAAAUCCAGGAAUAGAUGUGAACCAGGCUAUUAUGCAGAAAAUCACGAGGAAGAAUCACGAGGAAAACAGGCACGAAGAAAAGAAGGGUAAAAGAAGUGUGGCUCUCAAGGGAGCAGUUAUGGGAGCUGUCAAUAAAACUAAAUUGGCCUUUGGCAUAGGAACCAAAGCUGCAGGAGAAUCUGUUCCAGUACAGCCUAGUAUACCACAGCCAAGUGCUGUACCAAAGCCUGAUGAAAAUACGGAUGAUAAGAUAAGUAACAAAAUAUUAGAAAAACCUGUUCCUGAAUUGGAAUCAGAGGUGGAAGCUUUGAUAAGAGAAGCAUCAGCUCUCCUAGGGCCUGACAGUAUUUCUCCACAACCUUCUACCUCGACUGCAUCAGCGCCAUCCAGUCCCUUGAAGGAUAUUGAAAGACCUAUAUCCUUGAGUGAAAAACUAGAGUUACAUAUAGAGAAGAACCAUACAACUUGCAUAGGAGAGGAAGGCGAGGAAGAAAUAUAUGUUGAUGCCAUUGACCCGUCCGUCAACUUCAUUCUUUACCCUCUAAUGCAGUAGAUCCUACCCAGUUCGAUAUCUUGAUGCCUCUCCCAGAUGUUCAGGCAGAGAGAGAGCGACGCUCUCGUUCUCGCACUCCCAUGGAUCGCUCUGAGAGAUCCUGCACACCAUCAUCUGUAGUAGCACUGGAGACGCUGCGGGCCCGGCUGGACAAGGUGGAGAAGGAGCGCGGCCAGUUGAAGCACGACAAUGACAGGCUGGAGGCGAGG